AUGAGCAACCAGCAAGAAGUGCCAGACGACUACGAAGUUUUGUUUGACAAGUUAGACAUCAAGCACAAUGGAGAAAUCACGUUGCAAGACUUCAAAAAGGCCAUCAAAACGUUGAACCACCCGGUGGGCGACAACCCGGAGCUUGUGGAGAAAGUGUUCCAGUCGUUCGACAGCAACAAGGACAAGGUGAUUGACUUCAACGACUUCAAGCUUUACCUAACAACGACAGACGACCAGAUCUUGAGAGGGUUCAACAUCAUCGACCAGGACCACGACGGCAAGUUGACCAAGGAAGAUUUCAUGCACUACCUAAAGAAAACGCUCAACCUCAGUCCGUCCAACAACUCGUUGGACAACAUCUUCAGCCGCAUAGACCACAACGACAACGGAUACAUCACCUACGACGAGUUCCGAGAGUUUUUGUUGUUGAUGCCACGUUUGCACGGGUCCCGCAUCAAAACUGCAUUCACCUUCAUUGCCGAAGAAUUGGACUUGUCUUCAGAUGGUGACGUGACUUUGAUCAACCAGUUCUUGAGCGGCUUUGGGUUCUUUUUGGCCGGCGGCCUUUCGGGAGUCGUGUCGCGUACUUGCACAGCGCCUUUUGACCGGAUCAAAGUGUUUUUGAUUGCAAGAACAGACUUGUCCUCCACCAUAAUGCACUCGCGAAAAGAAAUCGAGAGAGUGGUUGCAUCGGGCGCAUCGCGUCAUGUCAUAGAAGAGGCUCGCAGAAAAUUGGUUCAGCUCGAGUUGGAAGCGUCGAAAAGAGCUCCAGAACCACCGCAUCGCAGAACCAUCCGAUCUCCCAUCAUCCAAGCAGCUCGCACCCUCUGGAAACAAGGCGGCUUCAAAGCAUUUUAUGUGGGGAACGGCUUGAAUGUGCUUAAAGUGUUCCCCGAAUCGGCCAUGAAGUUCGGUUCUUUCGAGGCGACCAAGAGAGCCUUGGCCCGAAUCGAAGGUGUGGACGACACAUCGAAAUUGUCUAAAGUCUCAACAUAUUUGGCUGGUGGCAUUGGUGGUGUCGUGGCCCAAUUCACGGUUUAUCCCAUCGACACGUUGAAGUUCAGAUUGCAGUGCUCUAAUAUCGACUCGAAAGUGAAGGGCAACGCUCUAUUAAUACAGACGGCCAAAAAUAUGUACAGAGAAGGUGGCCUCCGGAUGUUUUACAGAGGCAUUUUUGUGGGCACGAGCGGAAUCUUCCCUUACGCUGCGUUGGAUUUGGGAACUUUCAGCACCAUCAAAAACUGGCUCGUCAAGAGACAGGCAAAAGAGAUGGGCAUCCCAGAGGAUGAAGUCAGAUUGCCAAACUACAAGGUGCUUUCACUUGGUGCCAUUUCAGGCACUUUUGGAGCUACCGUGGUGUACCCGAUUAAUUUACUAAGAACAAGACUUCAGGCACAGGGCACAUAUGCACAUCCAUACCGAUACGAUGGCUUUCGAGAUGUUUUGCUGAAAACCAUACAAAGAGAAGGAAUCCCAGGGCUUUUCAAAGGACUAGUACCAAACUUGGCCAAAGUGGCGCCUGCCGUCUCCAUCAGUUACUUCAUGUAUGAAAACCUCAAGAACAUCAUGGGAUUGAACAACAAAUUGGAUUGA